CGUCUCUCCACUCUCCACUCCGACCACCACGGCAACCACCGCCGUCCACCGCGCGAGCAGGCCUCCGCCGCCGCCGCGGACGAACGAUCCAGGCGAGGCCAUGCCGGCGCAAGGUGGUCCGGGGGAAUGGCGUUGCCUUCCUCGAUCCGCUGCUGCUGCUGCCAGCCUGCCACUGUGGGGGCGGCCAUUUGUGCGUGCUCGUGCGGCGAGAGCCCGGCGAUGCGGAGAGGAGGAGGCCAGCUUCUUCCUCGCGGCGGCCACGGCGAGGCGCGUUGAGAUCGAGGAAAAGGAUCGCAGUGACGGCCUGACGGGGACAAUUUUUCUUCAAUAACUAGCCACGCUGCAAGAUUGGACAGUCAAUGAGAGCUUUCUUUUAGGAAAAGGAUCGCAGUGACGAGGACAGUUUUUCUUCAAUAACUAGCCACGCUGCAAGAUUGAACAGUCAAUGAGAGCAGUGUGCUCUCAACUUUCAACAGGUGUGGUAUUAGACCAUACAUUCAACAAGACCCGCCUAACUUCCAUGAGAGCCCAGCUUUGCUUUGCUCGUAUUUUCUCCCCAAAGUCAUCAACUUUGAUGCUCACCAUUCAUUCAAUCUAGUUAUUAUCUGCUGGGUACUCUCUGGUCGCACCUGCGUGGCUUCGAUUUACUUGCGACUAAUUCAACUCAGAUUCUCUGAAGAUCAGGGAGGCUAAUCUCGCAGCUGAAGAUGGGAGAGAUAGUCAGUUAUGCGGUCGUUCAUGAGACAGUGAACAAAAUCAUAUCUGGGUUGGUUGACAAGUAUGAGCGAAAAUCAAGUGCGGAGGAGCAGAUGGAGAGGCUGGAGAUGGCGCAAAUCAAGUUGGAGAUUGCUCUUGAGACAUCCAAUAAGUGGCAGAUCACUAGUGGGCCGUUAUUACGGUGGCAGAAGAAGCUAAAGCGUGCUGCUGAAGAGUGUGAUGACACAUUACGCAAGUGUAGGCAGCGUGUCGAGGAAGAAGAGGAGGUGGAACAGCAAGUAAGGAAUUCAUCCUUUCCUAAGCGAAUUGCCCAUGCCACCAAGUCAAUGAUAUCAUCCAUCUUUCACGGCAAUAUCGACGAGCCAACUGUAUCUUCUGUUCGAAGAUUCGAGUGGUUUGCAGAAGGAGCUAAUGACUUUCUGAGGUCUGUGGAGUUUGGAGGGACACCACAUCGUUACUCAUUCUUCGACCCCCUUAUUGGGCACCUUCUUGCAGGUGAAACUCUAGAGUACAAAUCGGUGCAGGGAAACAAGCAGCAUUUGUUUUGGAUACGGCCCAACAACAUUUCAGAGCGAAGAGUAGAAGCUAAGUUGAUAUUUAUUUACAAUGAUUGCAGUGCACCUGAGGAUAACUUUUUUCUUGGUAUGAUGCUGCAGCUUUCAGAGAGUACAAACAUAGUUGGCACUACAAUUAGGUGCUUGCAGUUGUUUAGCCCUUAUUUCAGUUCUUCUACAACUGAAGCUGUUAGGAAAGAACUUACUCAGCUACCUACACAAGACUUCUCCUGGGUGCCACGUUCUCGUUCAGUUCAUUGGGACAGCAUUCACAGAGUAGCUACUGAGUGGUUCCGCCCAAACCCACUGUGUUGCAAGCAUGGUCAUAAGGUAUGUAGUAGUGGCUACAUGGACAAGAUAGAAUUUUGUGAUGUUUCUCUAGAACCAGUCAUUGAAGUGUAUUUGGAGAGCCAAAUCUUCCAAUAUAGUUGCAACAAACAGAGGGCAGAUGUACAAGGAAAAAUAUGUUCUCCCAGAAGACCAUCAUAUCUGAAACUUGGAGUAUUCCUUUUGCCUCAUGUUUCUUCAACCGACCUUCUGCCUGCCACUGAGAGUUUUGCAGUAGAGGUGAUCAAUGGUGAGGAGCAGCUUUACUGUCACAAAAAUGUUACACUGGAAAAGCUUAACAGGAUAAUGCUACCAAAAGCAAUAGAUAGCUUCAAUCAGAAUGCAGAAGUGACAGCGCAUCAGUUGCUGUGGAAGUCAAAGCAUGAAGCUGCAUUCUUUCAUGUGUGGAACACAAGAAUGAAUAUGUCAAGCAUAUUGAGUACUGCUAGGAAAUCAACGUUGUUGCAACAACAUGAUCACCUUGAACUGGAGAGCCGAGCAGAUGUGAUCUCUGAGUUUCUCAAGCUGUGGGUUGAUCGUGCUCCUGUCAUGAUGCAGUUCGCAGCUGUGGACUGGAUUCAGGCCCUACUUGGGGAAGCUGGAGAUUCUAAAAAGUUGCUGAUGAGCAUGUAGCUGUUGGGAAUCUGGAGGAAGUUGGUGAAACCUAGCUUCUGGUUACUAGGUUCAUAAAAUCUAGAUUUGGUGGCUACUUAAUUUCUUAACCUGGAGGAAGAAUAUAAGCUGUUUAGGCGAGCUGGAGAUUUGCUAGUGUUGCUAUAAGCUCAUUCAAACAAGGCCUUGAAGGGAAAUACAGUUGCCACCAAGAUUAUGGAAUAGAGAUUGAUCAUGGUAACAAGGGGAAAUGAAAGUAAUGGAUAGGAAAUAUUCUACUCCCUCCGGCCUGCUUUGCUGCUUGUUCGCAUAACCUUUGGAAGGCCCGCAACCACAGUACCUUCAAUUCUUCUCAGCAAAGCACCUCCGCAACGUUGAAUCUGAUCAAGGAAAAUCUGCAAUUAUGGGAGCACCGCCUCAAGCCUUGCCUUCGAGCACACAUUACUGCUUGGGUGGUCAAAUUUGAUUAACCACCCUCUUUUCUCCACUUUUGUAUUUUUGUAUUAUUUUUGUAUUUUUUGUAUUUUCUCUUCCUGCUUUACAUCUUGUAUUUUCUCCUGUUUUCCUUUUUUCUUCUUUCUCCUUUUUAUCCUUCUUCUCCCCCUGUAAUGCUCCUGUUGUUCUCUUAUUUGGCUUUACCAGAUCUCAUCUGGUUUGACCACCAUUAAUACAAUGGUUACAAGGUAGAGUCUCUCUACCUUUUGUGUAAAAAAAAGUGGAUGUGUAAUCAAUAUUUUUUUAUGUGAAAUUUGCACGUA